AUUACGCAACUGUAUUUUUACUCUCAAUCAACAAAAAGUCACAGCUCUAAUAAGCACGUAUAUAUCGUACAUGUGGUACGUGCUACGAAAACGCAAGUGACAUAUACCGCGCGUGCAAUUUUUAUAAAUAAAAAUAUUCAGGUUUUAUCUACUGCUAAAAUGUUUAGAAUAUAUAAAAUGAUGACAAGGGUGAAACGAGACAAAAGUAAAAAGUAUAUGAGAGAUAUAUAUGUACAAGUUGAGACGCAUAUGUACAUGUUCGUUUGUUUUCAUCAAAUUUAAUUAACUGUAACCCAACCACGUAAUAACUUUAUAUAAGUAAGAUUAUAUAUAUUAUGACACACAAGAGUAUUGCGGCGCACUUUCGUCUACCGACAAAAAAAAUUUCUAUGUAUAUGAGAAGAAGAAAGAGAUACAGAGAAAAACGCAUUAGUCUGAAACCGAGCGCACACUCACACACGCACACGUAUAUAUAGAAUACUGAUUCCGAUCAAUCUUCCACACGCACUCCAACACGUGACUCUCCCGUUUUAUGCAUCCGUUGUGCCAAGUGACGACGAUAAUUGGAUGAACAAAAGAAAGAAGAGAGAGAGCGUAAAGUAAUCAAGAAAUCAUAAAAAAAGCCGAAUGACGAUAGUCAAUGGAAGAUGGCAAAGUGAUCUUGGCAAUGAUACGCAUCGGAAAAUAAGCACCUUGAAAUUCGAGAUAGUGAGCCAUAUAUGUGUAUGUGUUUAGUGCUUAGUGUUUAUAUUCUGCGCGCAUAUAAAAUUGCAUGAUAAAAUAAAACAUCAGCAAUUUCAACGUGUUGUCCUUGAUCCAACGUGUCUCCUGGCGCUCAUAAAGAAAGAUCUUGGAAUGGAAAGAAAGACAACGCUCGACAUUGGCAUCGGUGGCAUCGGCAGGAUCGGCGGUGGCGAUGGUAACAGCGAGGAGACGCUGCGAGUAUAUAAAGGGAGAUCUCCUUUCUCUUUCUCUUUCUCUCUCAUAACAGCAUUAGCAAAGCUUGGAUAAGCGACGUGGUAUGGUGAGACACAGCGUGGCGAGGUGGCGGGCGAACAUUCGCGCAGACUCGGCCGUCUUCGUGCUCUCGCCGGGGUUUCCGCAAAGAGAAAUAAAGAAAGGAAGGUGGCCAAGCGCGCGCGAGCCCCGCGCAAAAAUCAUUAAAACGCGUGCUCGUUUCGCGGCUGCGGCUUUCGUCGUGUUGGUUCUUGCCUCGGCAAUUUAUUAGACAAUCGGUUCAUCGUUUUUUUGGAGAUAUACCUACCGAUAUCUAUCCGUAGCCCCGCUUUCAGUGGGCGCGCGCGCGCGCGCGCACACGCACGCGUUCCGCGAGCAAAAAAAGACACCGUCGAGGACAUCUAAACGCGCUCCAUACUGGCGUACAUGUACAGCCAUGGGCUUUGGAACGAUCUGAGUACUACCACGCGCGUCGGCAUGGAGUGGACCCGCGACAAGACUCUGGAGCUGCUACGCGAAUAUCAACAACGGCGUGUUCUCUGGGACUGGAACGCCCGGGGCUAUCGGGACCGUGCAAAACGUAAACGAGCCAUUCAGGAGCUUGCCGAGAUCCUCUGCUGCAACACUCUCGAGGUCGAAAAGAAGAUCACAAAUCUCAAGUGUCAAUAUUCGCGGGAGGUACACAAGAUUCAGAACAGCCGCGACGCCGCCACCGGUCCGGAUGAUGUAUACGUUUCUAAGUGGUUCGCUUUCAAAGCCAUGCAGUUUCUACAAUUCGGCACGCGUAGAUACAGCAAACGGAAGAAGAAAGUCGAGGAGGAAUCAAAGCUGCAAGAAGAAUACAUUGUGAGCGACAUUGAUCCGGAAAGCAUAACGUUCAUCGACAAUGAAGAGACAAACGGUUCCGGCACCGGUUCCUUCAACGCAUCUCUGAGCGAAGACGCUGAGGAGUCAUCGUCGUCCAGUCUAAAAGCGAUAGAGUUGUAUAGUGGCUCUGUACACAGUCAGGACACUUCCCCGGCCGAUCUCGGCGAAUCGGGACAAAUCAAGCUUGAGUCCGGCGUUCCGGAUGAAAAAGAGCGGAAAAAAACGAGGGAAGAGUUCGCUAAGUUUGGCGAGAGUAUCGCUGUGCAGCUCGCCGAGAUCCCAGACUCGUAUUCAAGAUCGGUCGCGAAACUCAGGAUUAAUCAGAUCCUCUUUGAGGCGGAAAUCGGGGUCUACGCCCAAACGCGUCGCUAAUGAGCCAAACUGUGGUGGAAACUCAUGGCGAGAGACAUCGCGAUAAUUAAUCGUCGCAUUCAUGGCACAUCGUCGCUAUCGACAUCGAUUUGUUCGCUCGAGGUGUGACGAGCAAGACUUGCUUUGAUCUAAGUAGGCUUUGAGAUGGUUGUAAAAAGACGGUGGUAAAAUUGGGACAAGUAAAACGAAUGAAAUUUAACACAUAAACCAUAUUUAAAACCAACCACAUUUAAUAAGAAAAGAACAAUAAUAUACCAACAUUUAAUGAUUGGUCGUGCGUAACAAGCGCUGCGGUGACAUGAAUAAUAAUACACAUAUUCAUGUAUCUUACAAUUUACUUCGACGAGCUUGAACUUGUAAAGAUAGAUGUAGCGAUAAGUGAAAUCUUCGUGCAUUCUAGACUUGAGAAGAAAAAAAUAAUCAUAUUUACGUGAUGUAGAAGUUACUACGAUUAUUAUUGCCCAUGUAGAAGUUCAUAAACGAGCCAAUGCUAUUCUUUGCCAAUAUUGGUUCUAGCAUUGUGCCAAGAAAGAUUCGUAACACCAUUCCGAGUAGAAUAUCGUUACUGGCGCGACAAAGUAAAAGUAUAUAGACAAGAUUUGUAAUGUCCAAAUGCGAGAAUUGUCUUCUCUUCUGUGUAAUAUUUUCUCAUUCGGACACUAAAUAGCAACGAAUACAUGACCGCGUUCAGGAGAAUUUAGUUCAGCGUUGUGUGUUUAUUGUUUGUAAUUGGCGUAUUCCUCUAGAUCUAUUGUGCAAAUGUGAAAGUGUUUAUGCCAAUUAAGUUCUGCUGAACGUGGCCAAUAAUUAGGUCAAUGUUGGACCCUGAUCCAACGUGUUAUCGGUAAUUUUUAUGUGAGUAAGUCGAUUCGUAAACGCGCACGAAUUUGCCGAUUACACCGCCGUUUGCAUCGUCGCCAUCUUUGUAUAAGCCGAACGGGUGUUUUUGAAGACUGAAUUGAUGAUCAGAAGACUGUAUAAUAGAAAAUUUUUUCUAAGUGUUUAAGCGAAGAAUGUGUCGACAUUAAAUCGACAAAUUGGUUAUUCUUUAACGUUAUUAUUCUAAAUUGUUUUUGUUCACAUAUUUGUAUAUAUGCUGUGCGCGUCUGUUAGGAAACAUCUAUCAUUAAAAUUAAUGAGAGUUACUAUAUAUAUAUAUAUUACAAUAUGUUUAUUCUUGUUUUUAUUUAAAUAUAUUUGACUAUUGGCGUGUUUGUUGAUUAAUUGUUAUUCAAUUUUGAAAUUGACUUGACGCAGCGAAAAAUGCAAAUAGAGAACACAAGGAAAAACCGAAUAUCGUCCUCAUGUUUUUCUAACUAUUCGGAAGAAAUGCGCGCUGGUGACAAUGAGAUAUGAAUGCGGAUCAACAUGCGAUACGUUUUGUUUGUAACCAUAUGAUAUUGAUCGCAACACAUCGCAUGAUACAUACAUGCUCUAACUUCCUACAAAUGCAAUACUAUAAUUAUCGACAUUUCGAUAUAGAUCGAUGACUGUAGUUACUCUUUCUUAGUGGUAAAGGUUUUAAAUGUCCGCGAUAAAUGAGUCGAAGAUAUGAAAUAGCGGUGAUUAUGCAGGCUCAGAUUAAUCUACAAUACAAUUUUACUCCGAUAAAAUGCUUAUAUACACGUAAAUACCGAAAUGAAUUCCAUUAGAAAGAAUUUAAACGUACAUCUUGAUAAUAUACUUGGUAUCGAUAUUUUAUCACACUUAAAACACCGAGUCUCAACAGACAAUAGAAUGUGCGUUUUCAACGAUUUGUUUUCAAAUAUUCGCGUAUUUUUGAAAAAUAAAUGUGCACACACCCAAACAUUAUAUAUUCAUAUUUAAAUAUUCGCCGUACUUCACUUUUUCUUCCUAUUUGAUAGUUUUAUAGUUUUAUAGUUUUAUAUAUACCCAAACGUGUAAACGUUUAUUCUAUGUAUUAAACGUUAACAUUUUAGUUUCAAAAUAACCAUUUUAUAGUAUUAACAAAUAUUGUUGCUCCUAUUGUAUCCCUUUCAAUAUUUAGGUUUAGACACACGAGAUUCGAAAAUUUAUCCAAUCCAUCACUAUAUUUCGAUAGACUUAGAUAGUUAGUAGGUAUAGCUAGUUUUUUAUUGUUAUUGGUGAUCAAUAAAAUGUUUUUGUUUUCUAUUUUGAAGAAAUUUUCUAUUGGCGUUAAAA